AUGUGGCAGCUGCCGGCGCUGGCGUGGCACGGUGGGGGGCAGGCUGGAGAGGGGUCUGCAUCCCAGGGGGAGUGCAACGCCGUUGGAGGGGCUGGUGUGAAAGUGUCGGCCAGAUCUGGGGAGACAGAUUGGGCAACUGCACACCGACGUUUGGGGCAUGUGGCAAUGCCUUUGCUGAAGCAGCUGGAGAAGGAUGGAGCCGUUAAGGGCUUAAAGCUGAACGGACAACCACCCGAUGAUAACUGUGAAAUUUGCCUCCUUUCAAAGUUCACCAGUUUCCCCUUCCAUAGUGUGGCUGGCAGGAGCAAAAAGCCGUUGGAGCUGGUCCACAUGGACUUGGUGGGGCCGCUGCCGGUGCAAGGGCACAAGGGGAAGCGGUACUUCCUAACCAUAGUGGAUGACUGGAGCAGGCUAAUGUGGGCGUAUCCGCUGAAGCAGAAAGAUCACGCCGCCUCCACGAUUCGGGACGAUUGGCUGCCGUUCGUGGAGAAGCAAGCGGAGUGUGUGGUGAAGCGGAUUAGGACAGAUCAGGGUGGUGAGUUCCUUGGAGCUGAGAUGACGGCCUGGCUCAAGAAGCAGGGCAUCCAGAGGGAGCUGACCACGGCUUACACCCCACAGUCCAACGGUGUAGCAGAACGGGCGAACCGGACAAUUCUGGAGACAGCUAGGGCGCUGCUCAUAGAAUCUGGGCUGGGCAACUUGAUGUGGCCCCAUGCUGUUCGGCACGCUACCGUCGCUAGGAACAGGGUACUCACAAAGGUUGGGUAUGACUCGUGGGUGCCGUUGGAGAGGUGGCUUGGGAGGAAGCCGCCGGUGGACAUGCUGAGGGUGUUCGGUUGCAUGGCAGUCGCCCACGUCCCCAAGACCUACCGCAGUAAGUUGGGGGCGAGUGCAAUCUGGUGUGUGCAUUUGGGGCUGGCUGCUGAGAGCAAGGGAUGGCUGCUGUGGGAGCCUUCCAAGGGUGUGUUUUUUGACAGCAGGGAUGUGAAGUUUGUUGAGGGCAUGAUGUAUGGGAGCUGGGAGAAACAGCCGGAGGCCAGGGUGUCCCAGCAGAUGGAGCAGAUCACCAUGCAGCUGGACCUGACUCCUAGUGUGUGGGAGGAGGGAGAGGAGGCAGCUGCAGAGGGUGGUGAUAAAGAGAAGGUGCAGGAGGCACCUGCUGGUGGAGGUGAUGGUGUGGAGACUAGCGGUAGCACUAGUGGAGCUGCUGGAUCCGAGGGAGGAGAGCAGCAGCAGGGAAAAACUAAGAAGCCGAAGGGUGUCGUUAUGAAGGGAUGGGAGACACCCGUCUCCAGGCCAGGACGUACCCGUAUGGCUACUAAGAAGCUGACUGCAGGAGCUGAUGUAGCGGAGCAGCAGCUUGGGACUGAGGAGGCAUUGCUGAUUCUACCGCAUGGCUAUGACCCGGAUGAGGAGGAUGAACCUGCGUACUGUUUUCUUGCCCCUGCACCAGAGGAACCAGCUAGCAUGGAGGAGGCAUUAGCUGGACCAGAUAGGGACAAAUGGCUAGCUUCUAGGGAUGCUGAGUACCAGAGCCUGCUGGAGAAUGGGACUUGGGAACUAGUGGUGCUGCCCGAGGGAAAGAAAGCGGUACAAUGCAAAUGGGUGCUAAGGAUCAAGACUGACGACAAAGGGCAGGUCACCAUCUACAAGAGUAGGUUGGUGGCUAAGGGGUUUAUGCAGAAGGAGAAGCGGGACUUCAAUGAGAUCUUUGCUCCCACUGCCAAACCCCCUACCCUUCGUGUCUUGUUGGCAGAUGCUGCCGUUAGUGGGAAGUUCAUUAUCCAGAUGGACAUAUCAACGGCAUUUCUCAACGGGAUUUUAGAGGAGGAGGUGUUCAUGACGCAGCCACCUGGGUAUAAGGAUGGUACGGGCAGGGUGUGCAAGCUGAAAAAGUCCAUCUACGGCUUGAAGCAGGCGCCACGCUGCUGGUACCAGAAGUUGGCAGCUGUUGUAGAGGAGAUGGGAUUCAGGACCAGCAGCUGUGAUGAGAGCCUCUUUCUCAAGGGGGAGGGGGAGAAGCUGGUGCUGUUUCUGGUCUAUGUGGACGACAUUCUUCUCUCACCGGCUGCUGAUGCGGAGUAUUGA